UUUUUUUUUCCCACAUCAUUCUUUCAAUCAAAAAAUAUACUCAAACACAUUCAAACUUCACAUUCAGGAUCAUAUCCCAACUUCAUUUUCAUUGAUUCAUUUACAUCGACAUCGCUAUGACCACUCUUGCUCCUUUACGAUCAACACUGGUGCAUCCAUCUGCCCAGGCACCCAUUUUCAAGUCGGCUGUCCAAUCCUUGCUCAACAUGAACAGCAAGCGAUCUCUUUCAUCCUUUACUCUCGCCUCUAAAACCUUUGCAAAACCUUGCUCAAUCAUCGCUCCUGCCACCUCAAUCCGGUAUCGUCAAGGAUCACAAUCAUCUUCAUCAUCUUAUCAACCAUUCCAACAUGAGCAACAAAGACUCUUCUCGUUCAAGUUUAAAUCCUCUGCUUCAGAUCUGUCCAUGAUCCCAAAGGCUAUCCACAAUGGAAUCCCAGAAGUCUUGAUGCAUGAAAUUCACCCCAUGCCCAUGCGUGAUGAGUUUAAGGGCGACAAAAAAUUAUCCACAAAGGACUUGGAAGCCAUUCCCAUUGACCUGGGUUUCCAUCGUGAGCCCAGUAAUGUGAGCGAUUGGGUUGCUUACCAUGUUGUCAAAAGUCUUCGAAUCCCUGUUGAUUUGUUCUUUAGAACAAAAUAUAUUCAUCGUGUCGUCGCUUUGGAAACCGUUGCUGCUGUCCCGGGAAUGGUUGCUGGAAUGCUACGUCAUUUGCGUUCGCUGCGCCGAUGCUCCCAUGACGGCGGUUGGAUUUCACAUCUACUCCACGAAGCUGAGAACGAACGUAUGCAUCUCUUAACAUGGAUGAAGGUCGCUCAACCGACUCUCUUUGAGCGUGCUCUGGUCACAGCUGUCCAAGGUGUCUUCUUCAACGUGUUCUUUGCUCUCUACUUGGCCUCUCCUCGGACAGCACAUCGUGUCGUUGGCUAUCUUGAAGAACAGGCAGUGAUUUCGUAUACACAUAUGUUGGACGAGAUUAAGGCUGGCGUCCUUGAGAACGGUCCUGCUCCCAAGCUUGCUAUCGAAUAUUGGAACUUGGAGGACAAUGCCACAGUUCGUGAUGUUUGUCUUGCCAUCCGAUUGGACGAAGCUGUUCAUAUGCAGACAAACCAUCAUUUCAGCGAUCGUAUCGCUUUGAAGCAAGAGGAUCUUCGUGUUGACAUUCACAAGUUGCAAGAGGAACGUGGCAUGGUCCCUAAGAAUAAUGCUGAAGAAGUAUGGUCCAAGCCAAACAAAUAUUAAGAGAACAAAAGAAAAAGUAUACAUUUAUAUCCCAAGUGCAUUAUCGUCUUUCAUCUGAAACCGGGUUUCGACGAUGGCAUGAAUAAGCAUUCUUUCAUUUUUACUCCAUACGAAACAAAUAAACAAUAAAGCAUAAACAGCACACACAUAUUACAUAAUUCAACAAAUGGACUUAUAAGUGGGCUGGAUCACUAGAAACCUGUCAGUUUUAUUGUACAAUUCAUCAG